AUGUUUUCAACAGCAACAUUUCUUGGAAUUCUCAAUCUAUGUCUAGUCAUUAUUGCUAUGAUUAUUUUUUUAUUAAUUUUCAUUAUUAUUUUCAUUCAUCAUGAAGAACUAAAUGAUAUAUCAUUAGUAUUAACAUGUAAUACAUGCUUAGCUGCAUUUCUAACAACUAUUACAGAAUUUAUUAUGACUAUUUCGAAUUUAACAACAGGAUUCUUAAUGUAUAAUCUUUACAUUUGUUAUGGAUGGGGAUUAUUCUAUGAUAUAUUUGAAUGUUCUAUCUAUCAUAGUUAUUGUUUACAAGCAUUAUUUCGUUUAUGUCGAGUUGUAUUUCAUAAGAAAAAGUCUCUUCUGUCUUUUUCCUUAUAUAAUAUAUUGAUUAUAGAUCAAUGGUUAAUCUCUAUUGGCUUAUUUAUACCAACCAUAGUUCUCAAAUGGUACAUUCAUUUACCAACAGAAACUUAUUGUCUUGUUCCGUAUACAGAUAUAGGUGCAUCAAUAUAUCUCAUUAUUAUUCUGUAUCUUAUUCCAUUAGUAUCAAUUUCAUUAAUCUAUGCAUGGAUAACGAAAUUUAUACGUAGUUCUGCACAUCCAACAACACUUAUUAUAGUUACAAAACAGAGACAACGAAAUUUAAGAGACUUAACUGUUAUAAAACGUAUUGUUAUAUUAAUAUUAAUAUUAAUUGUGUUACGUUUACCAACGAUCAUCUUUAUUAUAUAUGGAGUCAUUGUUGGACAUUUAUAUUCGUUAACAUAUUCUAUUGUUGGUUUGAUCACGUCAACAUUUUUAAUAAUGAUUGGAUUAGUCACAAUUAAUAUAACACCACAAUUAAAAAAGAAUAUUUUUAUGUUUGUAUUUUGUCAAGAUAGUCGCGUACACAUUCAUCAAAUACCAUUACGACCUUUAGAACCAAUAGAUACUGUGCAAGGCAAUAUUAUUGGUACUCGUCCAAUUGUAAUCAUUAAUGCACGAAAAGAUGUCAAUACAAAGAAUAAGUUUUAA